ACAUUAUUUAUGAAGUUAACCAGAUAUCAUUGGUGCCCACAGUCCCUACAUGAGGGAGGCUUGAGUGACAGGAGAAAUCUGAUUGGUCCUGUUUGUUCUGUAUAUAGUGAUGUAGUCUACCACACAGAACUCACCUCUCUGUUUUACACCAUAGGAUCAGGAUCACGGUAUUUACAACAUGAGACCCAGGAGGGUAAGCUGAAGAGGGAGGCAUCAGCUGGUGAGCUUGAGUUGAAGAUGGAAAAUGAAUUAAAAGAGACAUUAAGACAGGAGAUGAUGAACCAACUAGAGGAGAGAGACAAACAGCUGGAAGAGAGAGACAAACAACUGGAGGGAAAAGAAAAUGAACUAAAAGAGAGGAGGCAGGAAGUAGAAGAGAAAGACAACCUACUAGAGGAGAGAGAGAAGCAGUUAAAGGAAAGAGACAAACAGGUGGAGGAUGUCAACAAUGAAAAUGCUGAACUGGCUCAGCAGAUAUGUGAUGUGAAGACUGAGGUAGAGAGACUGAGAAGAGAGAUCUCAGCCCAGAUGACUGAACCUGGAGAGACGUCAGAUACAGGUUCCAUACUCCCAGUCAGGAGGAGAGACAGCAAGGAGGAUCCUCCAGACAUGGGAGGAGAGACCUCAGAUACAGACCCCACACUUCCACUGAGGAGGAGAAACAGCAUGGAGUUUAAUCCUCCAUAUAUGGGAGGAGAGAGCAGCAGUCCAGACUCCCCAGUGUCUCCCAGUGUGUCUGAGCUGAGACUGGUGCUGCUGGGGAGGACUGGGGCUGGGAGGAGUGCAGCAGGAAACACCAUCCUGGGCAGAGAGGAGUUUGGGGCCCAGGCCAGCCCCUCUGCAGUGGCGCAGAGGAGUAAGAGGAGAGAGGGGGACGUGUGUGGGAGACGGCUGGUGCUGGUGGACACUCCCGACUGGUUCUGUCCUGGACUCUCUCUGGAGGAGAUGAGAAAGGAUGUGGGGCUCUGUGUCCGUAUGUCUGCCCCGGGACCCCACGCCUUCCUCCUGGUCAUACCAGUGGAGCCCUCUAAGGGGGAUGAGAGAGGGGUGCUGGAGAGAAUAGAGGAGAUGUUUGGGGAGGGUUGUUGGGAACACACUGUGAUUCUUUUCACCCAUGAUGAUGGCCUGAAAGAGCAGAGCAUUGAGGAGUUUCUCCAAGCAGGAAGUCAGGACCUCCAGCAGCUUGUAGAGAAAAGUGGGAGCAGGUACCACGUCCUCAACAUUAAGGACAGGGCCCAUAGCACUCAGGUAUCAGAGCUGCUGGAUCAGGUAGAGGAGAUGGUGGCAGGAAACAGAGAGAGAUUCUACAGCAGUCAGACCUACCAGGAGGCAGAGGACCAGGUUAGAGAGAUGGAGGGAAAGAUCCAGAGAGAGAGAGGAGAGAGGAAACAGAGGGAGGAGGGAGACUUGAGAGAGAGGCUUCAGAAGGAGUUGCAGGACUCUCUGAUAAAGAUAGAGGGAGUGAUCCAGGAACAUGAGGGAGAUAUCAGAACACUCAGUGAAAGAACCAGUGAACUGGAGAGACAGGUGAAAGAAGAGAGGGAUGAGGAGAAGAAAAAAGAGCUAGAGAAGGAGCUGAAGAGGGAGUCUGAUAGGAGGGAGGAGAUGGAGAGAAAGAUGGAGAGAUUUAGAGAGAAGACAGAGAAUGAGAGGAGGGAGAUGGAGGAGAGACACAGACAGGAGAUAGAGGAGAUGAGGGAGAACUAUGAAGGAGAGGCCAGAGUUGAAGCAGAGAAAAACCUGAUGAAGAUAGUCCUACCUGAGUUACAGAGGAACAUCAUGAUCUCAAAGACAAAGAUGCAAAGGGAGUUCAGCAGACAGAUGGAGGAGAAGAAUAGACAGAUGAAGGAGAAGAAUAGACAGAUGGAGGAGAAGGAUAGAGAGAUAAAGAGACUGAAACAGAACUCAGAGGAGGUAACCAGUGGGAUGAGCAGGCAACAUGUACAGCGAGAGACAAGAGGAAAUAGAGGAGGAGGAAGAGAAAGAAGAAGGAUGAGUUGGAUGAGACAGCUGUUUUGUGGAGGGGUUAGAGAGGAGACCAGAUAGAGACAACUGUUUUGUGUAGGGGUUAGAGAGGAGACCAGAUAGAGACAACUGUUUUGUUUUGGGGUUAGAGAGGAGACUAGUUAGUGAGACAACUGUUUUGUGUAGGGGUUAGAGAGGAGACCAGUUAGAGAGACAACUGUUUUGUGUAGGGGUUAGAGGGGAGACUAGUUAGAGAGAAUCCCACUGUAUUUUCCUCCACUGUGAGAGAAACAUAGGAGUGUUAUUAUUUUACCACAGUCACACUGUUGUUUUCUAUUUGCUGACCUUCAUCAAUCAAAGUUCAUCAGGAUACUGCUGUUGUUGUGAUGUUAUGUUUCAAGUUGAAACCUUAAACACAUCUCUACAGUUCUCGCUAGUAGACAGACAGGCAACGCUCUGCUCACAUAACAUUUGGUUCAGGGUUCAGAGGUCACAGUGAUGUAUUGAUGAGUGAUACAUGUGUUUAUUAUGGUCUGUUAGUUGAGCCCGAUACCCAGGGGGUAGUAAUCAGUGAUGUGGAUGUAGCUUCCAGUUACCACGGUGAUGUUUCAUAUUGAUGCUGGGAAUCUAUUCCAAUGGUACUCUGAUACCACAUGAGCAUACUACUACUACUACUACUACUGGUACCGCUACUACUACUACUACAACUACUGCUACUACUACUACUACUGCUACUGCUACUGCUACUGCUACUACUACUACUACUACUACUGCUACUACUACUACUGCUACUGCUACUACUACUACUACUGCUACUACUACUACUACUACUACUACUACUACUACUGGUGCUACUACAACUACUACUACUACUGCUACUACUACUACUACCUCUACUGCUACUACUACUACUACUGCUACUACUACUGGUGCUACUACUACUACUGGUGCUACUACUACUACUACUACUACUGGUGCUACUACUCCUACUGUUACUACUACUGUUAAUGCUACUACUACUACUACUACUACUACUACUACUGGUGCUUCUACAACUACUGCUGCUGCUACUACUACUACUGGUGCUACUACUCCUACUGUUACUACUACUACUACUACUGUUAAUGCUACUACUACUACUACUACAACUACUGGUGCUUCUACAACUACUGCUACUACUACUACUACUACUACUACUGGUGCUUCUACUACUACUACUACUACUACUACUACUACUGCUACGACUGCUACGACUGCUACGACUGCUACCACUGCUACUACUACUGAUACUGCUGCGACUACCGGUACUACUACUACUACUACUGGUACUACUGCUACUACUAGUAGUACUACUACUGGUACUACUAGUACUACUACUACUGCUGCUACUACCGGUACUACUGGUGCUACUGCUACUACUACCACCGGUACUACUACUACUGGUACAACUGCUGCUACUACUACUGCUACUACUACUACGGUACUAGUACUACUGGUACUACUGCUACUACUACUACUACUACCGGUACUACUACUACCGGUACAACUACUACUACUACUACUACUACUACUAUUGGAACUACUAAUACUACUGCUACUACUAUUGGAACUACUACUACUAACACUACUAACACUACUACUACUAGUACGACUAGUAAUACUAACAGUCAAGGACAGCAGUUUGAGAAGACCAGAGGAAGUGAUGGAUCAUCAGUCUGAAUGCAGAUGUCCAUAUGACUGAUAGGUGAGUAAUUAAAUAGACAUGCAGUAACCUUCUCUGACCACCAGAUGUCUCUGUUACACCACCAGAGGAUCAGGAGGAACCACGAGGACUAUAGGAGUAGCAGUUGUCCAUUCAGAUCCUGACUCCAAUACUUGAUUCCAACUCUUCUGAUUUGAUAUCCAAACAGACACACAGAGAAAUAUCAGUAUUAUGUUGCUUGUUUUACUAUAUAUAAACUGUUUUGUUGCUUUGUAUCACACAUGGUAUAUGUUACUUCAACAAUAUAGUAUUAAAUCAGUAUCCCUAAAUACUGUAGCGACCCGCACAGACAGCUGUGUGUUAUGUGUUAGGCUAGUAGGUGGUUGUGUUCGCGGGGUCCGACAUGUCAGUCAACCUGCUAUCUGCCAAUCACGGGAAUGCCUGGAAUGUUCUGAUGCCGGGCAUCCUGGUGGUUGGCGGAGUGGCGUGGAGGGGGGUUGGGCAGGGGGAUGUAGCAUUGGAAGUUAAGACCAGGUUUUGCCUUUGUUCUCCCUCUUACGUCUGGGCUUCACAAGAGAAGGUCACGAUUGGCUUGUGGGCUAUCUUUCAUUUAUUUGGCGUGGGCUACGGCCAAACAGUAGCCUGUGUAAAGUUGGUUUAAUAAACCGUCCAUUCGUAAACUCAA